CUGGGAAUGGUCCCUAAUACACUAAAAGUUGUUAAUAUUCUUCCCUGCCUCAGAUUUCUUUACCUUCAUCAGAUUUUUUUUUCGCAGUUUAGAACUCAAGCUCAUUUCACCUGUAUUAUUGCAGUGACUGAUAAAAACACUUAUUUCUUUUUUCUCCUUACACCACUUCAGUGUAUGAUAUCUACCACUGUCCUGGUGGUGAAAGAUGUCCUACCACCAACCUGUGCGUCUGUUGGCUGUUUGAAAGAAAAAGAGGGAACGCUGGGUAAUUGCAAUCAAAAAAAUCCAGCAGUUAUACAUAUUUGCUCUGGGGCAAGAAUUCUUCUGGAUGUGGUAACUCAGGAACAGCUAGGCCUUUCGUAGAUUGAGCUUGUGGCACUGGGUGCAAAGUGUCUUCAUCUUCUUAGGAAUUUGUGGAGUUUAUUUUUGCUAUUCCAAUAUAGUUCUGGUCCACCUGUAUGUUUAUUUCUUGGAUUAUGGUUUUGGUUCUAAGAAAACCUGGUGAACAGUGGUCUGUCUGAACCUAGCUGUUCUGUUGCAUAUAUAAAUAUAUAUUUGGCAAACUUCUCGAAAAUGACCUGGUAUUAAGAUUUUUGCCAAGUGCAGCUUACACGUACAAUAGCAAUUUUCUGUGGUAGCUAAUUCAUAAUAUCCUUUUCAAAGGUGCACCUCAGGAAUUAUUGUAGUGAUAACAUCCUAGGAUUAAUAGAAGAAGAAGGCAUACAUACUGGGUAUCUUGACUGGAGAGGGAUCAUUUAGCUGUGAUAGUUUUGCUGUUUCCACCGCAACCAGACAAGUGGCACUUAUUUCAAUCUCCAGAUGAUCGACACUAAGACAGUGACUGCUCACAUAAGGGAGGUAAUUCGUCUCAGUCAUGUUCUAAAAGACUACAAGGAUUUGGUGCCGAGACUUUCACGCUGCCAGAGGAUCUCUCUUAAUCAGCUUGUUCAUUCUGUGGGCUAGCAAUGCAGAAUAAGUGAUGUCUGGUAAAGAAAAGCUGGAACGUCGCAGUAGCAAGUCCAGACUCUCUAAGCAGAAUGAGGUGGACGUGCACGACGACGAGGCACACGACACAUCGCCCAGUAGUGAGACAUCAGAUGCAACAAUUGUUGCAGAGAGCGAAAUGUCCAAUCACAACUCGUCAGACAGUUCCCCCGACCAGACCGGUGGCUCGGAGGAUGUUGAGGUCGCAUCUGAAUCUGCCACGGAAUCUUCAAGUACCCAGAAAAAUGGGGGAAAGGAACUAGAAAAAUCCAACAGUUUUCAGCAAAGAGCUAAGUUAAAGCUCCUAGUCCGAGGCGAUGCAAUAAGUGACGAUAGCACCCCGCCGCCGCCUGAUGACAUCACCGUGGCUCCAGCUACUGCUGCCGCGGUCUCUGUCAGCAGCUCAAUUCCUAACGAUGUCUCCAUGGCAACAGCUACAGCCACGGCUACAUUUGCAGCUAAUAGUAGUGGGUCAUUAAAUGGCCAAAGGUCAUCUAGGCAAAAAGUGUCUCGUCCCAGAUUAGACAAGAGUAGCUCUCAGAGUAGUUCAUUUGAGGCUGGUACCUCACCCUGUUUGUCUAGAGAGUCAAGCACAGAGACACAGUACACAGACUUUGCUGGCACAGACCUGGAGGAGUUCUUCAGGCUGACGUUGAACAAUAAGAACCCCCAGGACAGGAGACUGAUGCUGAAGAUUGAGCAGGAUCUCAUUAGUUUUGUUAAAGAUCAAAGACACCAGUAUCUCAAGUUCCCCGCACUCCCAGGGUACCAGAGGAUGUUAGUACAUCGAAUCGCAGCAUUUUUUGGGCUGGACCACAACGUGGACCAGAAGAUCAACCCCAACGUAGUGAUUGUCAAUAAAACUAGUAUUACCAGAUUGCCAGAUUUUAAAUUUCGAGAGCACAUCCUAGAUCAUUCAUCUCAAGAAGAGACCCCCACACGGAGAAUUCUCAGACGGGAAGGAGGCAGUUUUGAAGAGGGCAAUAGUCCUCACCGCAGAUCCCUAGCUGACAAGAAGAGCAAGUCAUAUGAAGAGAGGGAAGAACACUACAAGAAAACAAAAGCUAGAAUUUUCAAUCAGUCUGAUUCUAUGUCAUCACAAGAAGCUAUUCUAGAUUCUCCUGUAAGCAGUCGAGCAGGUACUCGCUUUUCCAGUGUCCGCAGCAGUAAGGAGGACUGGCAGACUGACCCGCGUCCCUGGAGCAGCACAGACUCCAGUGGCUACGGCACGGACACGUCCAAGGAGGGUCACAGGCUGGCAGUCACCAAGGCCAGCAGCUUCAGUGGAGUGCCCACCAUACUGUCACGGGGGGAUGGCAGGGGAGCCAGGAUGACACAGACAGAUUCAGUGAGUAGUAGUAACUCCAGCAGUUUAAGUAGUCCCAUCUCGCGUCCACCACCUAUCCCAUCAUCCCCUCCACCAGGGGACGCAGACAGGCCAUAUUCUAGUCAGUCAACAGGUGGUCCAGGGCCUCCCCAGGUUCCCCAGGGACAGGUGUGCUGGGUGGCCUCCACACCCGACUCCAUACCCCCUGGGGCGACCAUCAUUGACCCUCAGACUGGUGCUCCUUACCGCAAUCCUGACGGCUCUAUCUACUGCCACCAGCCAGGACAACCUCUGCCCCCAGCAAUCCACAGUACUCACCAGCCACAGGCUCCUGUAAUACAACAACCAUUACACGGGGCAUUACCCCAUCAGUUUCCACCCCCAGGGGGAGUGCAGGGACCCCCAGGGAAUGUGGUGUUCCACCAACCCCCCAGUAGUCUCCAGAGGCAAUAUUCAGGAGAGAGUGGUGGUGAUGUAGCCCAUACUUUCUCUGGUCUCUCAUUGUCAUCGCAGUCUUCAGGGUCUCUCCCUGAACCCCCAUGUGGAGGAGGUGCCUCCAACCCCCCACAGCAGUAUGUGAUAGCUCCCCCACAGCAUGGAGGACCUGUGAACAACACUGGACCCUUUCAGGUCUCAUAUUACCAGCCCCCUGGCUCUCAGCCACAGUACAUGUACCGUAUGGCGUAUGCUGCACAGGGUCAUCAGGGGUCAUUUGAAGGCCAAACACAGGGUCAAGGUCAUUUAGGAAUGGUGCCACCCAGCAGCAGUCAAUACUCUAGUCAGACUUACAUGCCAAACUAUCAAAUAGUAGGAUAUUCAGUAGCACAAAGUACUUCUAAUGAACAUCUACAGCAACAGACUAAUUAUCAGCAUCAGCAGGUUGUACAAUCACAAGGUCAAGGUCAGGGAGUUCAAGGUCAGCAGUACUCGGAGACUUGUUGCCAAGGAGGAUUUGCUCAGCAGUUUCCACCUCCCCCCUCGGCCGGGGGUCUGAACCAAGGGGGGUACGUGCAAACUGUCCAGACAUCAAUGACUGCAGCAGCUGGCAGUUACAAUACUUCAAGUACAACGAACACUAGCACGCCUGCCAUGUCCUACCACAGUGUAGGAGGCAUGGCCGGACUAUAUAGACCUACCACUCCCCCAAGUCAGGGGAUGGCUCCACCUGGACAGACUGUGGGUGUUGGUCCUGGGGGGGUGAACCCUGGGUCUUACAUCGGUUACCCCCCAGGGACAUCACCCCAUGGGACCCAGGGUCACCCUCGGCCCCCGGGGCCUGGACAGUUUGUGCCAUUUCAGACAUCCCCCUCUCAGAACAUUGCAGUGCUACGCCCAGCUAUUAACAUACCUGCUGUCCAGCAGGGGGCAGUGUGUGGGGGUCCUGUUGGCUCCUUUCCUCACGGCACCCCCUCCGUGACAGGCCAGUUCAAAAUACUAUCCGUAGAACAGGGGCUGAAACCUGCCAAGCCAACAGAGUUGUACCUUGGUGGCGAGAAGAUCGGAGACUCCUCCAGCUCACCAAGUCUCAGUGGUCAUAGUACUCCUGUGCAAAUGGGGCCACCACCCCCACCUCAGCUGAUCCAACAGCCAUUCAGACCCCCUCCACCUGGCAAUGGAGACGGGAGGAUGGGCGGUGCUCAGCUGCAGCAAGUGUUCCGAUGCCCUGUUCCACAGAUGUAUGCAGUAAGACCCAGGUAUCCCACCAUGCCAGGUAUGUCUAUACAGCAACAGCCCCCACAACAACCAUCAAAUUCAAGCCAAAGAGUACAACAGAAAGCCUGGGCAAAACAAAGCUCUCAGGACAGUGCUAGUCCCUCCCCUAACACCUCUCAAGACAGUAGUCAAGAUACUUCAUCUAGGUAACUUGGAAGCAUCUUAUACAGUUUAAUUUCCCCUCACUUCCCUGGCUUGGCUGUAUAGAACCCACACAAAAUGUCAAACUUUACAGUGAAGAAACCAUGUCAGAUGUCAAGUUGGACAAUCCUGAACUGGUGCCAGAAGUCACUGGGAUGAAAAGAACCUAGGUUAGAUGUCAGGUUGGACAGUAAAGAACUUAGACUAGAUGUCAAGCGGGACAGUAACAAACCCAGGCUAGAUGUCAAGUGGGACAGUAACAAACCCAGGCUAGAUGUCAAGCAGGAUAGCCCUGAUUCAGACUCGGCAACAGGAGAGAAUCACUACUUGCCAGUAAACAUUAGCACUCUGCAUGACUGCUAAACCAACAAGACUGACUGAUAAUGUUGGCAUUUGGACCUCAAUGGCCACAUUUGACUGACUAUGAAAAGUUGUUUGUAAUUUAUAGUUUUGUCACAGAAAUGAGCCUGGUUUCUAUUCUGGUUUGUUCCAAACAUAUCACCCCUAGUGUGAGACCACAUAUCAGGCUUGGCAAGGAUCUGGUUCUAUAUUUACAGCUGACACGAAAGAAAGGCAACAACCUAUGGAAUCUGAUAUUUAUAUAUUGAAUUAAUAUUUUGUAAAGAAGUGCCCCAAUGCAGGGCAGUGAGGGGAUUUUAUAGGUAUAUUUUAGAAUGGUUUUAUUUUACAGUUUUAACCCCCAUACCCCUUCUUCCCCACACUUCCCCCCACUGCGUGUAACAAAUACAUGCUAUGUUAUGUCAUUUUUCUUCUUUGAAAGAUGCACUGGCGAGUACCUAAGCACAGUACAGUGUAGUAUAAGUCCAGUGGGUUGUGUUUGUCGUUGUCGUCGUUGUGUCUUGUGAUGUGCGUAGUGGACUGCUCUGUAUUUAUGUACAUCGACACCCUUAACUGGACUUCUGUUUUGGGUCUAAUUGACAGUGGUACACAUGGACUGAUAUCCUGAAAUCUUCAGUCAAAUACCCUGAGAUUCAGGCUCUAUUGGAGAUUCUGCUUUACCAGUUUUUAUUUCUUUAGGUCUGCCAAAACUUACUCCAAGAAAGGGCUGAGUAGGGCAAGAGUCUGCAAUAGUGCUCUGAUAACCAGGUUAAUGUCCUUUUUAGGUACAAGCUUUAUUCUAGUAUUUCCUACCUCUUUUCUUUAUCCACUGGUUUAGGUAGACAAAAUUAUAGCCCACACCACAAUCUAACCUUUGUCAUUUAUACUUGGAUACAUUUUUAAACAGAGGCUGUUUUAUAUUUAUGUUUAAGUAAGAUUUUAACAGUAACAAGCCUAUGCUUGAGAGGCCCAUCCCAAAAUCCCACUUAAUUGAGAGCAUUUGGUUUCCACCCCUUGUAUUUUAGAAAAAAAGAACAAUGGGAAAGUUCCACAUUCAAUCACUUCAUUCAUUAGUGAAUUCACAUUUUUGCAUUGGAGUGGACUAGCCAAGAACACACUUAACUAUUUUUAGUCCAUUUACGAGAAAGUUAACCAUAAUGCACUUCAGUAUGCAUCUGGUGCUAUUUACCCUUUAGGGCACAUACUAUAUCAAAAGUUUAAAGCACAUACAGAGAUGGCCCCAAACAUGAGACUUACAGCUAAAUAUUACUCUCAUAACUUAACAGCUGAUAAUCUUCAUUAUUUAGCAGUAAAGGCAAAGUGUGUGGUGUGAAAUAGUGCAGUAGUAGUGCCCAUUGCUUCUCCUAAUUAACCCUUGAGCUGUCACUUGGGUUAGUGUCAUCUUGAGCUGGGUAAAUGGUUUGAGAAGUUAGAGCAUUUAUAUAGGAAAAAAGUGGUUUCACAAGAUUAACUAGUUUGGACCAUGAAACACAUUUACAGUCCAACACCUGGUUUUUACCGAGUUCUAAGGCUUCCUAGUAGUCAUGUGGAGUUCAUCAUAAAUUAAGGAUAAUGUUAUAUCAUACAUGCCUCCCCACCUUUCCCUCUCUCUCACUCUCUCACUCAGUAUAUAUGAAUAAAUCUGUAACAUCAGUGAUGUGUGUGUUGAACACUUUUGUACAGUAAACUGUAAAUGUUGUAAGUAAACAGUAAAUUCAUGUAGAUUGAGGUAUACAGAGUUUAUUUUAUGGUUCUCUUUCUUUUCACCAGUGUACAUUUGUGUCAGACACGAACAAGAUUCACUCGGUUCUCUGUGGUUGGAGAAAAGUCAUUGGGUAAACGAGUAGUUAUCUAGAGAAAUUUAUAGACUCCCUUAACCUGAUUGCCCAAAUUAUUGUGCUUGUCAUUUAAAAUGAAAUGGUUAAAGCAUGGGUUAAGAAAGUCUGUUUGCAGUUCCUGCUUAAAGCACGGACGUACCGUGGUUGUGUUUUAGUGAACAUGUACACUGUCUUUCAACGGUUAACCAUGGAGAUAGUUACCAUAGUUACCUAUCACUUGCAACACUGCUUUGUAUAUUAUUCAUGUUAGAGCAAACGGUUGAUUUACAACACUAAUUAUUACAGCUGGGUGGUUUAUCUGAAAUGGUUCAAUGAUAUUCAGCUUGGUUUGAGAGUCUGGCCAAGUAAAGGCACAAUGUUGUUUGCUGGUAUCUUGGUUUUCCAACUAGAUUACAAGGCCUCUGUACAAGGCAGGUGGUACACAGCAAGAAUGCAGCAACACCGCUUAAACCCUCGAGGUUCAAGACUUUGUGUCCAUGGUAGCUAACUCCGUGGUGAUCGCCCUGGUAUGUUUCUGUUGUAAUUCCGUGAAAUGUGAUUGAAUCGUGUUUAUCUUCACAUUAUUAAGUAGGAAAAUAAAACUCUUGCCUUCUUCAGUUUGUAA